CUCCCCCGGAAUGGGGAAUGCUUAAAUGUACGAGGCUGUCUGUAUCUGUACAGUAAAAGUAAUCAAGCGGAUGAAUCAGGGCGGUUUUUAAACAAAAAAGACAAGGACGUCGCUCAGAAGCGAGAAGCUGCAGGAAAUCUGGUCACGUUUCCGGCAAAUUAAAUGUUUACUUAAAGAGAUAAUGUUUCAAAAAGUAUCUAAGGCUAAACCCUGUUUGGUUAUUUUUUUCCUGGAACGAUUAGCUGUUAAUCGUAUGCUUUGUGGGGCGGAAGAAAUAAACAAAUAGGUUAGGUUCACGGUUUCUUGUUUCUACAUUUUGGUUAAGUUUUUUGGCCAGUAUGGACAGGCUGGAUGUUACAGAAUGCUUUGCAGGAAUCCAGUUCCCAGGACAUCUUCACACGGAGCAGUCCCUGCAGUACGCCAAGGAGUUCCGCUUCAAAGAAGGGGACAUUGUCAUAGCCACUUACCCCAAAUCAGGAACCACAUGGAUGCAAGAAAUCCUAACUCUUAUCUACAGUCAAGGAGACCCCGAGGUAGCCACAACCAUUCCCAACUGGGUGCGGACCCCCUGGCUGGAGCACACCUACUUCAAGGAGACCCUUAAGGAUGGAGAGGGGCCACGGAUUAUUACUACCCACCUUCCCAGUGAGGUGCUUGUUCCGGCACUGCAAAACUCAAAGGCAAAAGUGAUUUAUUUGGCAAGGAACCCCAAAGACGUGGCGGUUUCAUACUACUUCUUCCACAAAUUGGCCAAGUUCUUGCCGGACUUUGACUCCUUACCAGAAUUUGUGGAACAUUUCCUGGAGGGCAAAGUACAUUAUGGAUCCUGGUUUCAGCAUGUGAAGGGCUGGUACAUGCAGAGGAUGAACUUUGACUUAUUCUACAUUACGUAUGAGGACCUGCAUAAAGACUUGAGGCGGUCACUCAAGAAGUUGUGCAGGUUCUUAGGAUGUCCGAUGUACUCUAAAGAGCUCGACAACAUAGAGCAUCACUGUAGGUUUGAAAUAAUGAGUCAGAACCCCAUGGUGAACUGCACUCUUAUCUCCUCUGAGAUCAUGGACCACAACAAGAGCAAGUUCAUGAGGAAAGGUGUAGUGGGUGACUGGCAGAAUCACCUAAAAGAGGAGGAGAGCGCACACUUCGAUAAGGUUUUUCAAGAGAAGAUGUCAGACUGUGACCUCCAGUUUGUUUGGAGUUUGGAGAACAGUGAGGACACUUAAGGACACGGCACUCACCCUUAGCCAACUGUAAUGUCCAUUGUACCAUUGAAACAGAUUUAGAACCCUACUUGCUGAGCCGUGGAAGUUUUGCGUGGACAGUAAAAGGGAUGCGGAUUCUAAAUAUUAAGCGAAAGGAAGGAAAUGGCUGCACGUGGUGUACGCAGUCCGGGUUGUUCAUCUUUCCCCUUGUCUACUAAGGUCUCCAAGACUAUAAUUUCUUAUUAAAUAAGUGAGAAGACAGAAAAUAAAAUAAAAAUUGAAAAUAAAUCAUGCGAAAAGAUUAAGAACUGCUCGCUCAAUUAAGUAGAUACAUCCUAUCCACUUUAAAAAGGAACAUAUGAGCGCUGUUUGCUUUCUUGUAUGUUUUUAAUAUCUUAUUGCGCUUAGGUGGAGCGGUAUUUAUUUACUCCUGAAAUUUGUCCAGACGUAAAUUGUAAAAUGUA